AACAACAUGGCAUUCAAGUUUGUUUUCGCACUCGCCUUCGUCGCCAUGGCCAGCGCUGGCUAUGUGCCCGAGGCCUAUCACGCAGCUUCUUCAGUUGCCACUUAUGGUGCCCCCGUGGCUGUGGCCCAGAAGGUGGUAGUCAAGUCCCACGAGGAGUACGAUCCUCAUCCCCAGUACCGUUUCUCGUACGGAGUCGAUGACAAGCUGACCGGUGACUCCAAGGGUCAGGUGGAGGAGCGCGAUGGCGAUGUCGUCCGUGGCGAGUACUCACUAGUGGAUGCCGAUGGCUACAAGCGCACCGUCCAGUACACCGCAGAUCCCGUUCACGGCUUUAACGCUGUGGUCAACCGUGAACCUCUGGUCAAGACCGUCGCUGUUGCUCCCGUUGUGAAGACCGUUGCCGCCGCCCCCGUUGCCCACUAUGCCGCGCCCGCUCACUAUGCUGCUCCAGCUCCAGUGGCUCACUAUGCCGCUCCAUCUGUCCAGUAUGCCGCCCCCGCUGUUGUCAAGACAGUCGCUCCAGUUGCCCACUAUUCUGCUCCAGCUCCAGUGGCUCACUAUGCUGCCCCAGCUGUUGUCAAGACUGUUGCUCCAGCUUACUCCACCUAUGCUGCCCCAGCUCAGGUGGCCCACUAUGCUGCCCCAGCUCAGGUAGCCCACUAUGCUGCCCCAGCUCAGGUAGCCCACUAUGCUGCCCCCGCUGCCCACUACGCCACCUACUCCGCACCAGCCGUCGCCUACCAUCACUAA